CCAAUAUCAGUGACGUAGUACACAACAGUUAAUGUCGAUAGGAGUUGUUAAGUAUCUCGAGUUGAAAAUCCCAAUUGGCUUCUCAGUUUGCCAACUAUUUUCCAAAUGAGCCGCCAGCCAAACAGCAAUGUGAAAGGGAGGGGUGUGGUGCCAGUUCCUGGUGCUGGGGGCCCCAGUAUGCCUCCUGGGGAACUUGCUUCACCAAACUGGCCCACUGCUCCUAACUCAGAUCUGGCAAGCUACUUUGAAUGUCCAGUGUGUUUUGACUAUGCACUUCCACCCAUCAUGCAGUGUCAGAGUGGACAUAUAGUCUGUCAGUCCUGCCGCCAGAAACUUGCAACUUGUCCUACUUGUCGAGGUCCACUUGGAAACAUUCGGAACUUGGCAAUGGAGAAAGUUGCUGCCACAGUUCUUUUUCCCUGCCGAUACUCAAAUAAUGGCUGCCCACAAACUAUGCUUCAUACAGAGAAAGGGGAACAUGAGGAGACCUGUGAGUUCAGACCAUACACAUGUCCUUGUCCAGGAGCAUCGUGCAAAUGGCAAGGUUCUUUGGAGCAGGUGAUGCCUCAUCUUAUGCAGUCUCACAAAAGCAUAACAACACUGCAAGGAGAGGAUAUAGUGUUUCUUGCAACAGAUAUUAACUUGCCAGGAGCAGUUGACUGGGUGAUGAUGCAGUCUUGCUUUGGUCAUAACUUCAUGCUAGUCUUGGAGAAGCAAGAAAAGUUUGAUGGCCUUCAAAUGUUCUAUGCAAUCGUGCAGCUCAUUGGCACUCGAAAACAAGCAGAGAACUUCAUAUACAGGUUGGAAUUAAAUGGUCAUCGCAGACGGUUGACUUGGGAGGCAGCGCCACGCAGUAUCCAUGAUGGGAUCCAGUCAGCCAUAAUGACCAGUGAUUGUCUUGUCUUUGAUACAAAUAUUGCCCAGCUGUUUGCUGACCACGGAAACCUUGGUAUUAAUGUGACCAUAUCUGUUUGUGAAAGAUAAACCUCUAGAACUAUGCAUCCUUUCGAUGACAUACAGGUGAAAAGGGAGAAGGGCAAUGUUUUGCUGGCAACAGACUUUUUCAUGAGUAGGACUUUACAUACAGAAGACUGGAGUCUGGCUUAUAUUGUUUCUGAUUUUAGUCCUUGCAUAUUAGCAUGACCAUUGAACCCUGAGGAGUGAUAGGAAGUCUUUGGGUUCCCAAACUCAAGCCUUUUUUUUAAGACAGAUAUGAUCCAGAAAAGAGAAGAAAUGCCUUUGUGGCAAAGACACCUCCUCCGGUGCUGACUGGGCUCACAGCGAGGUGCAAGACAAGAGGAUGGAAAUUUAGGGUCUAGAAUGGACUGUCAGAUGACCAGUAAAUGGAACCGAGGGAAAAUAUGUGAAAUGUGCUGAUUUUUUGUGCACAUUCUUCAUUUUGAUAAUGUGUAUCAUGCUGCACAGAGGGGAAGAAAAGAGCACACCUAGCAGUGAAGAUGAAGGAGGAAGAUGAAAUAUUGGAUUAUUUGAUUUAAGGAUGUCUUAAAGAGGAUGAAUGAUGCAGAUUUUGGUAGUAAAAGAGCAAGUAUCAGACACGAAAGCAGUGCAAAUCAUGACAGAUCCUGCUAAUGAUAUGUAGUGUAUUUCAGAUGGGUUUUUUAUGGACAGAUGCAUAGGAUUGAGGCUAGAAAAUAAGUUUAAUGAACUUAUCAUCAAUAAGUGUAUUGAAAAAUAAUGAGUGAAAUGAAUAUAUUGAAUAGUUAGGUUUAACUGGUUUUGCAUCCCUUUGGCAUAGGGUGAUUAAAGCAUUUUAAUGACAAUGUAACUCUGCUAUUUAAAAUAUUGUUAUUUUAUGAUUGUAACUCUUUAAAUGAAGUGCUUAGACUUUCUCUGUUUAUUUUUUUCCUGCAGUAUUCACUGUAAUAAUACUUCAGAGCAUUUGUCUAACCGGGCACUAAACUAUUUUUGGGUUGGGUCAUGUGUCCAUCAUUAUAGCCAUCAGUAUUUACAAUUCUGUGAUGGAUGAUAAUUUGGUUUAACUCUUGCAAGUACCCAAUACCACAGCAAGGUAGAAACAGCUGAUUCAUUCUUAGAUUUUUUUUUUUAAAACAGCUGCCCUCAGUGUUGGUCACAAAGGAGAAGGCUAUAUUACCAGAAAUUCAAGUAAAGCUUUAGUAUUGGUCUUUUCGUUUGAUUAUUCCUCACAUGAAUGGAAUUAAGGUAACAACUGUCAUGAUAAUGUAAAGACAAUGUCUAUUGGUAAAUGUUUAUGUGGGUUUUCAUAACCAAACAUUGUGACAGUUUAUGUUCAGAAACAAAAUUAGGUUAAAGAAAAUAACUAAGGCACAAAAGCAGAAUUUGAGUUCAUGAUCUAGCAGUUUGCAGAGGUACCUUGAUUUAUACAUUCAGUUUGCAAUUUGUUCUAUUUAAUACAAAAUUAAAGAUUUGAGCAAGUACUUUUUUACUGUGUUAUCCCCAACAGUGAAGGUAAUGGGCAUGAAUGAUAAAGGUGGUCAUUCAGUGCACAUAAUAUGUACUUUUCACUGCAAUAAGUUAACAACAAAAUGAAAACAGCUGUCCCACUUUUUCAAUUGGAUGCCUGUCAUUGCUUGAAACGUUGAUUGCUGUGCUUGUUUGGGUUUGAACAUGGCUGAUAGUAAUAUGUUUUAAUUCUUAAAACGUGAUCAGCUGAAAGCGGAAGUGGCUAGUUCAGAUGAUAAUGAUGAUUUCAAGAUGAAGAUUACUGUUGUAACAGAGUCUUUACUUCAGGCUUCUUUGGUGUUAAUGGAGAAAAUUUGUGAAAAAUCAAAUUACAAGAAAAUUCAAGGGGAAAAAAAGAUUGGUCAUUGUCUUUGAGCUCUGGGGUCAGUUUUAAAUUGAAAACAAGUAAAAAUGAACUAUAGUGAGAGGUUUAUUAGAGGGUUGAGUUUCUAAGAUUGUCAAGACUGUUAUUAAAGUCAUCAUCUUUGUUAGUUGAAUGUUUAAGACUGGGGAGUUUUUGUCCUAGAAAAUAAAAAGACUCUUUCAAACAAGACCACUGAAUGCUGAGCAAAUGCUAUGUGUUAUGUCUUUGAAAUGGGUAAUGGCUGCCUCAUGAGCACAUUUUACUCCAAGUGUUUUUAUGCUCUUUCUCUCUCUCUCUCACAUACACAAACAAGUACAAAAAUAUUUUUUCAAAAGCAGAUUUGUAGCAAAUCAGUUCAGAGUUUCCUAAAGUAAAUGCUUGUGGAUGUUAUUUUGCUAUCAAAAUGGAUCUUUCAGUGAGGACAAAUCUAUCACAUAAUGAGUGUUCUUUCUACCAUCAACUGAUCAGGUAACAUUUUGCCUUGUUCACUUAGAAAAAUAUUCAAGCUAAAAGAAUGCGAUAAGCAGAAAUAAUAUUAGGUUGAUCAAUUGAAUAUACAGUUUUGUACAUAUAAGAUUUGUGCUAAUCUGUUUAUGUUCAUUUGCUUCUUGAAUUUCUGAAAAUACUUUGCGUUUGCUGUGUAGAUGCUAAUGACUAUAUUUUGGGGAUACUAUGAAAUGAUUAUGGACAGGGAAAACUUAUGGGCACUGCUUACACUAAAAGUUUUACCAAGAUUUCUUAAUAUAAACAGACGUAAUGUUAAUGCUUGCUUCUAACCAGCAUUUCUUUUUUUUUGGAAGAAGGAAAAUGACAUGCAACAGGCAUUUACUGUUCAUGCAAAAUUUACACCUGGUUUGAAUGUUUAUUAAGCAUGAAUUGUUUGGUAAGGUGAAUUUCUGAUGAACAUUUACAUGGUAUGAUUACAUACCGUUUGAUUAAAUUAAUUGAUUACCAAGGUUGCACAUUGAAUACUGACAAGCAUGGCAAAUAUUGUGCUUGUUUACUCAGAAAUGCAGCAUAUUUGUGUAUGCAUGUAUGUAUGGCUGUCAGCUUAUAUAUGCACAUGUAUGGUGUUCAUGCACACACGUGCAUACACACAUUUACACAUACACAUACAUGAGAAAAUUCUAAAUAUUUUCCAUUUAUUUACAUGAUUAGCAAAUGUUUGCAAUUAUGUAAUUGUACAUAGUGAUACAAAUUACUUUGUACCAAGUCCUAUAUUUCAGGAUUUGCUACCUCUGUGUGUGUUGUACAUCCCUUUUGAUGUUCUAAUCCUGAUGGGCAUCUAGAGGUUUAUUGAGUCUGUAUCAGGAGGCUUGUUCAGUCACUCAGAACCUAAAGACAGUGAAUGUAAAAGCUGAGAAACCCUUUAGAGGAUAUGCUGAAAUGGAUACAGUAUACAGCAGUUUUCUCAGCAUGGUGGUAGACAAAGCAUUUUAUCUUCGGAUUGUUUGAUGGUAUACUUUGUGUGAUGAGUAAUGAGUUGUGAUUGUAAGAUUCUGAUUUAUUGUUUCCAUUGCCUUUGUUUAGAUGCUUCACUUGCAUCCAGAGUUUAGGUGUUGACCCCUUGAGGUAAUUGCUGAUGCUUUGCGGUUAAGAUUUUUUUGUGAUUUCCUCCUUUUACCCCUUCCACCAUGUCUCUUCUAUUUUACUUUUUCUCAAGUUUCUUUCAAAUGUGAUCGUUUCUGCAUACCUUACUUUCACUUCUCCAAGUUGUGUACACAGUCUUGUUUCCUCUAUAAGAAGUUUUAUGAUGGAGACUUUCACACAGUGUGUCCUGGACCAUGAAGAGGUAAAGAGAUUAUCAGAUGGAUUAGGAGACAGGGAAAUCUCACCGGACCAUCCAGUGAAACUCACCACUUGAAAAUCUUUAGAGAUUUCUCUUAUAAAGCCUGAGGGAAACUGACUUAAAAAUUUAACUGUGAAACACCUUCACUGUAGAGCUAGAGCAGACCUGGGCAAAGGCCGGCCCGUGGCUGGAUCCGGCUCGCCUCCUGUCUCUGACCAGCCCGCCCGCUGGCCUGCCCGCAUACAGUAUUGGGUAAAACUGAGUUAACUAUAUUAGUCCGGCCCUCUAAAACCAUCCCAAUUUCUCAUGCAGCCCCUUGGGAAAAUUAAUUGCCCACCCCUGAGCUAGAGUAUCCUUUUGUGAAACAGCUCAGUUAAUGCUCAUAUCUUAUAUUUUCUUAUAACUUAACACUCAGAUUGUGCUGAAGAUGGAAUUGGAUGUCACAUCUACAGAAAAGACACUGAUAACCUUGCUGUCAGAAAAUUUGGUUGUUGAUGUUCAUUUAGAGUAAGCAUUAUGUUGGUGGGUGCCUGACAACUACACUGGUAAAUGACCACAUAUUGGUGGAUGUCAGAUCAUUAAGUCAGUGGAUUAUUGUUCAUUGGCUCAUUCUUUCAGAUUACAUCUGUCCAACCUAAGCAAGAGAUAUAGGUAGGCUUAGCCUUUUUUCAGAAGCUUCUGGUCUUCAAUAGGAAGAUUUAGUCUUAAGUUCUUUCAGUUAAAAUCUGUGUGUAGCAGUAUGUAAUUAAGAACAACAGUAUAUUCAAAUAUAAAGUUGAGAAAGGUCUUAUUAAUGUAAGCUUUAGCUACAUUGAUCUUUGUUGUUAUUGUACAAGACAGCUGAUACUAUAGUUUUAAAACUAUAAUAAAUCUUUCUAAACAUGUUUAGAGGAUUAUAAAUUUAUACAGCUGUAGAUAUUGGUUCUUUGGAAUGCUGUUUAAAUCACCCCUAAAGUCAUUGAUUUUGUAUGUGAUCAGUCUUUUGUUACUUAAAAAAAAUUCACAGGCCUUUUUCUAUCCCUUACUAGGAUUUUGGUUACCUUCACAUCCGUAUAUAAAAUGCACUUGUAUAAAUAUUACCAAUAGAUUCUCGUGUUGAUGCCUUUGGUCCUGGUUCUUUUGUUCCAUGCCUACUUGCAUGAAACAUGAAUGAAAUUUUUUAAUUGUUUGUUCCUUGGUAGCCUGCAAAAUCACAGCAAAAAUUGACUGAAGGAUUAAAUAUUCACCUAUGAUAAUUGUACUCAAAAGUGGAUGAGAUUUCAUGUUUCAAUUUUGACACAAAUAUGUUAUUCUGCCACUAUCUGUCUGGCACAUGUUGGGUGACAGGUGAGGAUGACAACAUAAACAAGAGACUAUGGAAAAAAUCAUCUCCCACUAAGCAUAACUAGAGGCAGGGUUUGGAUUGCAAUUGUACAGAUUAAACUGGAAGAGUGUUUCCAUGAUAUUCUUGUUACAAGUCCAAAUUGUUUUAUUUUUAGUUCAUUAUUUUGUUAGUCAUGAUUGAUUUGGGUUAAACAGAUUUGUGUAAACAGAUGUAGGAAUAGUCCUUUACAUUUAGUCUUUUUUGCAAACAUUUUAAUGAUGGAUUUUGUGAAAGAAAAUUUAGGAUUAGAAUUGGAUCUGCUAGUGCUCUCACUGAAAACACUUUUUUUGUCUUUUCCAGACCAGAUUUUGCGUCAUAUUUUACAUUCAUUUUAUAUUGUAUAUUAUUAGCAGCGAGGUAGAAUGGUAAACUAUGAUUUGUGAUACUGUUGUUCUGCAAUAAGUAAUGUGCAAAAUUGUGUUUACAAUCAUUUACAAAUUAAGCCAUAUUAGUAAUAAAAAUCACACAUAAACAUGCAGACCUCGUGGAUUUGUACAGAUAUUUUGGAAUCAUCUCUUUCCUUAUGCUUCAGCAUUAAAAUUUGUUUUAAAUUUU